GAUAAAAACGAAAGAUACCGCCAACUCGCCUGAGAACAAUAUGUCUUUCGAUCGAUUUUGAUCAAAUGCCAAAUGCGUGAGACUCGAAGCUCUCUUUUAUCGCGGUUUGUUCUCACAUCGGACAGAGUCAGAUCUCGAUGAUUCUGUAUAAAAAAUAAGGUUAGAACGGACUCUAGAUUACAUCUGUAUACAACAACGCUGCGACGUAAUAACUUAUGUUGGAGAAAGCGGCGAAUUGUCUCGUCAUUUUUCUCCUCGAACAUGAAUACAGUUCUCGACGAGGAUUCGUCCUAGAAUCCUAUUGGCUCUUCUCGUGAAUUGUAUAGGAGUUAUAUCGAAUAAAUUGCAGUAAUAGUCAUACAAAAGUUUCAAACAUUUAAUGUCAACGUAACAUUUGGGGGACGAUGGACGGAGAGGAUUCCAUAGAGGUGGACCCGCAGGAGCUACAGGAGACUCUCCAGACGUAUAGGAAACUUGCGGACGAUUUUGCGAACCAUGACACAAUUUUGAAGGACAAAACGGUCUUAUCGUACAUAGCAUAUGUCUUAGAGGUACCUGAUGUAGAUGUGAUUACUUUAGCCUUAGAUAUUCUGGAGAUAUUUGUCAAGAAUGUAGACAAUUAUAUACACAUAACAUCUACUUUUGGUGUACGCGAAGCCUUAGAAGCACUUAUAAACAAAUACAGUCUGAGCGAACCAAAGUUAGCCAAUCGAGCACAACAUAUUAAAGAUGACAUAGAACGCAUGAAACCUCCUAUAUAUAACUUACGUAGUCGUUGUAGGCGAGUUAUAGAACCUAAAAAAUUGAAGACUCAUGUAAUAGUUUUACAUGUACAAGGUCUAUUACCUGAAACUCGAUCUGAGUUGGAAGGAAUAUUAAUAAGAAUUGAAGGUCUCAUUUCGCUUGUUGUUGAUGUGGAGCAUCAGCGUGUAACUAUGCGUACUUUGAAUUUUGUCACUGCGAAACAAAUUGCAGAAGCAAUUGACAAAAAUACAGAUAAUAUGGAAGCGAGAUUGGUGACAAGAAAUAAAUUUAAUCAAGAGUUUCUUGUAAAGCUGAUACAAACGGGCGAUAAUAGCGAUGGCGAAGAAAUGCCUGACUAUUUACCUGAAGAGGAAGAAGAAGAUGAUAAAGAAGGAGUUGUGUCGUUAUUUACCGGUUUAAAACAAAGCGCUUCAUCUCUAUAUAAAUCUACUACUGAAUUUCUAAGUAAUUCAUUUUAUUGGUAAAAUUUGUAAUUGUAAUGAAAAUUGUUGUAUAAUUUGUGAUUGUUGUAUUAUAAUUUUAUUUAUUUGAAAUCUCGUUUAUCUGUCCUCUUAAAAGAGGACUAGAAAUAAUUUGUGCAUAUUAAUAAUAUAUAUUACCCGAAUAAAUAUAGAUAUCUCCAUAAUAGACAUUAAGGAAAAAGACUAUAUAAUUUUUAGUAAUAAUCGUAACUAAUUGAUUAUAAUCAUUUAAGAAUCUCAUUCUCUUAGCACAUUUAUGCUUGAUAAUAAUCAUAGAGAAUCUAUAAGAAAUUAAUCGGUUUUUACAAUGUAUAAUAAAUAAUGCCUUUCUCUCCCCUUGCACUCUCAGAGAAAAUUAAUAUGUACAAACAGAUUUCUAAGUCUUUACAUCUAUAUUCGUAAAAAAAGGAAGCAUAUUCUACAUAUAUUUGUAUGUAUACAGAGUUAACUAUUUUUAUCUUUUAUAUUUUAGUGAUGCAUAUUCCAUCUUGCUUUAAUACCAGUAAAAAUCAAUUAUGUAUACAUACAUAAAUCAUAUUAUGUUGCACGAUCAGAGCAAUGUUUCUCAGCAUAUUCUAAUAUUAAUAUAAGUGUAUAAGUAAAUUCCAAUAUACACUAUAUAUCCAAUAUGUUCUAAAAAUUUUAUUAUUUAAGUAAACAAAUCUCAUGAGUGAGUUCAUUGUAAAAGCUUGUAUAAAAUAUCAAAUUAUAAAAUAUCAAAUAUCAAAUUAGAUGUGAAUAUAUGUGACGUGAUAUUCAAAUCGCAAUACAGUUCUUGCAAUCAGAUAAAAAUAAAAUGAGAAUUCUAAUAUUCAAUUUUA